AUGGCUUCAAACCCUCCAUCAGUGGAAGACCUCAUCUCCCGAAACAGCAAGUAUGCUGAAGGCUACACCAAGAGCCAUUCUGUGGACGAAGUCACACGCGGUGUUGUGAAAUUCCCAUCCGUCAUCAUUGUUUCCUGCUGUGACCCUCGCUUGAUUCCAGAAGAAUACGGAAUAUUCUCGCGUGAAGAAUACGUCGUUGUACGCAACGCCGGCGGUCGCGCUGAACCUGCGGUAAGGGAUAUCGUGAUUUUGAGCACCAUGACGACCAUCACAGAUGUUGUCAUCAUACACCACGUUGAUUGUGGCAUGACACAUUUGACCAAUGCAGCAAUUCGUGAGAGCCUCAAGAGUAGAGGUCUUGGAGAUGACAAGGUCGACACUUUCGAGUUUGGCGAAAUCAGAGACCUUGAACAAAGUGUACGAGAUGACCUGAAGUUUCUUGAAUCGUCACCAUAUAUUGCGAAAAGCAUCAAGCUGCAUGGAUAUGUGCAUGAUAUGCUUGAUUCGGGCCGUCUGGUCAAGGUAUAA